UCUAAUGUUAUAAAGGGACUCAACUAAUGUCCUAUGUUUUCAUUUGCACUGUCAUAGGAGUUAUUUGUAGCGAUCUUUCUAGGCCUCAGAACCCAAAUGUCUGAUGCAAGGAAGAUAUCAGUUGAUUUUGAGGUCCAUGGCAAAGUGCAAGAUGUAUUUUUCCGUGAUUACACUCGAAGAACAUCAACAGAGAACGGUUGUGUUGGCUGGGUGAAGAAUACUUAUCAAGACACAGUCACGGGGCAGAUUCAAGGGCCUAAGAAAAAUAUUGACUUCAUGAAACAUUGGCUAAGCAGUGUUGGGAGUCCCAUGUCAACUAUAACACGAUGCGACUUCUCAAAUGAAAGGGCAAUUGAGGAUGUGUCCUUCAAAAAAUUUACAAUUAGAUAAAACUGUAUACAUCCAACUUUUCUGUUAUUGGAUACUCAACUCAGUUGUAACCUUGUGCAGACCCUAUUUCAGCAUUGUUAGUUUACUCAUAAAGUUACGUUCUACUCACUGAAAAGGGUUUUGUUUUGCUUUUUGGACAGUGCAAUGGCUAUUUUGAUUGCAAAUAUAAUGUGUCCAUUUGAUAUGAUAUCCAAGAUGUUAACCCUCCAUGUUUGCCAGGAUUAAAAUCUAAAAAGGUUAGUGAGGUGAAUGUGUUUCUUCAACCUUUAAUGUAGGAGAUACUUCUCCAUGGUCUGGUGUGGGUAUUUUCUAUCAUGAUUUAGUCAAUACGAAUUAUCACCAUCAGUAAUUGCUAACUUAAUUUUAAUUAUCAUUUGUAUUAGCACACAACACAAAGGCUAUUUGAGGGUUGUGAAUAUGAUUUUCUGGGACUGCUCAAUGGCCAGAUUCUCUUGUGUAUUGUCAAUGAUCCUGCAUGAUGGAACCACAGGGUUUCGAAUCACUGUUUGGACAACAAUUUUUAUGUAAUGAGUGCAGUGGUAGAAUUUUCUAAAAUAUUCAUUUUUUCAAUGAUUUUGUUCAAAUUUGAAAUAUACGUUAAACAUAACACAUAAAAACAAUAUACGAUUGCAAAAGUCUAGAUAUUUUAUUUUUAAACAUUAUUGUCCAAACAGUGAUUUGAACCCCUGUGGAUGGAACGAAGAAAUAUACCGGUAUGUUAAAGGCAACUAACUUGACAAUGUGGCAUAGUGUGGAGAGUUUUGCGGCUGAGUUAUCUCGUACAAACUGUAUUAGGUGCCAAAUGAACUGUGGCAUUACUGUUGAAUGUAUGACGAGACAUCUUUUGUGAAGUUGCUUGCUGACAUGAGAAGCUUACGUGAACAUGGUUGGCUGCACCAUGAUUUCAAGAUGUUUUUGUUUGAGAGUUUUCAUGCUUUAAAUUCCCGAGGUCUUCCCAUCGUUACACUUUACAGUAACGAAACAGAGGAAUGACAUUCAUUAUUCUUUAUGAUUUGUGAAGUUUUCCAUAUUGAUGAAUAAAUUGGAAGUGUUUGAAA